AUGGCCACCUCCAUCUGCCCUAGCACAGACCUGGGAACAGACAUUGAGACAAACCUGGGGACAGAAAUUAGGACAGACAGACCUGGAGACAGACGGACUCAGGGACAGACAGAACUGAGGAUAGACAGACCUGGGGGCAGACCUGGGUCGGUGCUCCCUGCUCAGUCAGAAAAGACAACAAGAAAGAAGAAGAGAAAGGUUAAUGUAAAACAUAUCAUCCCACUGAAUUACCUGUGUGCUGUGGAUGAUAUGGACACAGUCAACCUGGUCAGGAUAAACGAAAUCUCUACGUUCAAGACACUUGCACUGUUUUGGCCCACUGGAAACUUUCUGGCUACCUUUCGUUCGAAAGAACAGAAAGAUCAUUGGUACUAUUUCCUCAAAAGAUCCACUAAUGAAGCCAAGAUGGGUAUCCAGAAAAAUUUCUCAAUGCAGAUAUUCACUGAGGACAUCCCAAACUGUGACAGUCCUUUAUGCAUAACAGCAACAAACAUCGAUACAGUGAAUGACAUCAUUAAGAAGUUACUACCAAUGAUGAGAAUGCCUAACAGUGCAGAUUAUCAGCUGUGGUUUCGUCCUGGCCCUGCGGAAGCUCUGAGACCACUCCAAGGGUAUGAGUAUCCAUAUGAGGUCAUAAUGACCCAUCUUCAAUAUACCUACACUAGAUUAAAUUCAAAAAAUUCUACAGGUUUUCCCAUCUUGCCUGGCUUGUUUGGGAAAGACAUAAACUUGGAUGAAGAGGGGCAAUUCCUCUUAAAGCCCCGAUACUCAGCUAUAAGCCAGCAGCAAAGAAAUGAUCUUAUCUCGUCCUUAGAUGGAAAGGAAAUGCUUCAAAAUAAACAAAGACCUUAUAGUUCAUCGCGUUUCCGCAGGGGCUCUGUGCCCCACCAACAGCAGGAGGGCACUGUCCCGACCAUUAAAAAGAAAAGAAGACUGUAUGGAAAAGAACUGAUUUCGAUUUCUAAUGAUGGAAAAUGGCCCACCGGAAUUCUGGACAUCCUGUCCCUCUUAAGGGAAAAGGGCCCUAAAACACAAGGCAUUUUUAACGUAGCCCCCAACGAGACACUGUGCAAAAAAGUAAAAGAAAAAUUGGAUUCGGGACAAAAGAUGGAUAUGAGAAAGCACUCAGUACAUGUUUCAACAUGGAUUCUAAAGGAGUUUCUUCAAACGAUUAGAGGAAGUCUGCUGACCUCUGAGUUAUAUGAGCGCUGGCUAGCUGUUCCGCAAAUGGUUAGUGAUGAAGCGAAACUAUCAGCAGUAAAGAGUCUUUUAGAAGAACUCCCAACAUCAAAUGCUGCUUUGCUGGAACAGCUGUUUAAAAUCUUAAAUAAAAUAGCCAGAAACUCCUCGGUAAACCACAUGACAUCCUACACUCUCUCUGCUGUUCUCGCACCAUUUCUCCUAUGCCUUCCUUGGUCCCGAAAUAAAGUUCUGGGUAAUGAUAUUGCCAGAAAGAUUUCUCUCAUAAAAUUCCUAAUAGAUAAUUCCCCAGAACUUUUUGGGCUAGAUGUGGUUGCACGGUGGUAUGAAACAUCAUUUUAUAAUCCACCCGGAGCAAAUACCUCAACUGACCGCAUGACUCCAUCUAAAGAAACAGAACAUGGAGUCAGCAGCUGCCCCAGGGCGAGGACAUACACCCCUGGCCAUGAUGAAGCAACAAUAAUUCCAGCGGCUCCUCCUCUCUAUGAGGGCAUUAUCGAAUCAAAGAAUCUGGAAGGCAAUAUGAAUGAAGCCCAGCAAGCAACUUCUCAAACUCCUCCUGUGCCGAUGAAAAAACAAGUAUUUCGUUCACUUCCGCCGAUUGUAUGCUUGGACAAAAUGCUACCUUCUAUACUCGAGAUGUUAUCAAUAAUUGAGGAAAAGGGACAAGAAUCAGAUCAAAUAUUCCGAUACUUCUCAGAAAAAUCACACUGGUCCCUGAGGGAUAAAAUUUACACUGAACAACCCAUUACCUGGAAAGAAGAAUCUGUUUUCACAGUAGCUUCUGUUUUAAAGGUGAGGAAGUAUUUUGCAUCUCUAACAUUCAGCAUUCCUCUAGAGAUACAUAUGUGCUUUCUGUCCAUGAGCUUACCAGAUGAAGACAGUUUUCUUGAACUAUGGGUCCAUGACCUUCGAAUAAGAGUCAAGAUAGCAAUCAACAGCGAGGCGGUGCGUCCAGGGUCUUGUAGCAAGUGCACGUGGAUUAGACAUUGGGUUCAUUCUGGAGCUGGGGAUGGAGAUCGGUCCAGUCUGGUCCACCUGGGGACCUCCUCCAUAUUCCCCCUCCCUUCUCUGCAUCCACUUCCGCUUCCGCCUCUGUCUCGGCCUCCGCCUCCAACUGCCGCUGCCUGCAACCGCAGAGGCUCAUGGGAAUCUGGAUCUUUCCUGUCUCGCUUCUCUAAAACAGUGAAGAUUACUAACUGUGGUUCCGUCCUGGCAAUGCAGAAGCUCCAAGAGCACUCCAAGUAUUCUAAUGAAGAUGCCACAAGCAAACUACCUCCUGCUAAAACAGCUCAUCAGUGUGCUAUUAAAAAUACAACCUCUACCAGGAAUCACCUACAGCUUAUCUGUCCUUAUAGCCCCUUAUGUGCUAUUGGAUCCUACGUGCAUGAAUUCAUUAUCUGGGAGUGA